AUGGAAUUUUUGAGAAGUCGCCAGGCCUUGCAUGUCCUUCAUCACCACAGGGAAACAUUUAUCUGUAAAGAGGAUUUCCAGGCAAUCCAUGACAUGGGGCUCAACUCCGUGAGGGUCCCCUUCGGCUACUGGGUAGUGCUUGGCCCCGGUGCCGGGGAACCUUAUGAGGGUCCAGCGCUCGAAAUACUGGACCGUGCUGUGGAAUGGGCUGAGGAGUACAACCUGGAGGUGCUGCUCGACCUCCACGGCUGCCCAGGUGGUGAAAGUCCCGAUGCUCCGUGCGGCCGGCGACAGCGACCAGAAUCGAAGUGGGCAUGGCAGCAGUGGCGAAGGUCGGAAACGCUCAAAGCUUUGGAGGUCGUUGCCCGGCGAUACCGUGACAGGAAGAGCGUAACUGGCAUUGCUGUCUGCAAUGAGCCCUCGCGGCUGAUUCCCGCAGAGGUCCUUGCUGGUUUCUACGACGAGGCAGUUUCCACCAUUCGCACUGCUGGGAUGACAGACAGAGUCACAGUGGUGCUGCCCGUGUUCCAGCGUUGUCUUCGAACGUUUGAAGCAGUGUGGCGUGAGGUUUCAAAAGGACGACACAGAAAUACGUGCUUCGAUGUUCACUACUACCACUGCUUCGAAGACACAUGGAACCGCAUGACUCUUGCAGAGCACCUGCGGGUGGUUGAAGACCACAGCCGUGAACUCCAAGAGUUUCCUGCUGUGGUUGGAGAGUGGAGCCUUGCGCUUGGCGGCCGAGCCGCCGCAGCAAUGUGUCCCAAUGAGGCCAUGAACCUUUUUGCCAGGGCGCAGCUUCAGGCUUACUCGCAGGCUUCUCGGGGCUGGUUCUUUUGGAACUGGCGCGACGGGGCCGGCCCUGCUUGGGAUUUCCGCAGCAGCUUUCAACAAGGCCUUCUGAAAGGCACGGCGCCCAGCUUGCCAGCGUGGAAUGGAAUUGGCGAGGAUCCCUUGGAGAAGUUAUUGGAAGAUGCAAGUGAGGAUUCUUUAGUUCGUUACGGCGAUGCUGUCUGCCUGCGCUGCUCAAGCGGCCGGUGCAUCGAUGUCGAGAGGAGUAAGGUUUCAGCUCGCUGGUUCGAGGGUGGCGACUGGCAGACAUUUCUUCUGUGUCCCGCGGCAAGCUCUGCAGGUUUCAACGGUGUGGUGCAAGAUGGUGACGUGAUUCGCCUGCUGGCGCACAGCGGUGUUUCCCUGGGUAUCUCGACGGGCGGCAAGGUUCUUUGCCGCCCUGGCUGCAACAUCAACUGCGAGCUGACCGUUCUGCUGAAAGAGAGCCCAGGCUGCCGACGGCAGUUGCGACACAAGGACCGGGUACACCUCCAGUGCAGGAAUUCAGGGCGCGUGUUGGACGUCGAGGGCUCGCGGGUAGCCGCCAGGUUUCAGGACUUUGGUGAAUGGCAGAGCCUAUCAAUCGAGCGAAAACUUCAGCGAGAUGCUGGCUCCAAAGGUCUGAACGAGGCCGCCGAGGCCUCUGUGCUGGGGAAGGUUCUCGAGGAGGCGACGCUAUCAUUGAAGCGGACUGCAGCGGUGGCAGAGCUUGCGUUGCCCUCUCCUUUGCGAACACGGCUCACAGGUGCUCAAGCCAGACUGACAGCAGUUUAG